UUUAUGAAUUGGCGGGAAAGGAAAAUGAAAGAGAGAGAAACAGUGUUGUAGAGAGAGAAAGUGCUCGAAAUAGGGGGAAACAGAAAUGAAGAGCUCGAGCUCGGGGAGAAGAUUGCAGACCUUACUGGAAGAGAUCAAGUCUUCCGAGGUUGUUGAGAAUCGUGUACAACUGAUAAAGGAAUUGGAGGAAUUAGAUAUAAACGAGAAGUCUGAAGUGAAAUCUCUUGUUGAAUCAUUAACAACAUUCUGGGAAAACUUUACUUGUUUGGAUAUAUCUCAGUGCACAUUGAAUAAAACUAUUUUAGAUGUGGCUGCAAAACACUUGGAUUCAGACAUAUCAGGAUGUCUAGUACAAUUUCUUGUACUAGGAACACAAGCAAACAUAUGGUGCAGAAAGCAUCUUCAAAUGACACUAAUGUCAAUUGAGGAUUCUCCGGAAGAAGAGCAUUCUAGUUUCUUUUAUCAGUUGGUUCUGGAUUUGCUCAGCUACUCUGCUGCCAGUUAUUCAGCUUUAGCAAGAUACCCUGUUCCCGCAAAUAAGGAAUUGGUGGUCAGCCUAGAGAAUUUUAUUUCAGAACAGUUCAACCUGAUGAAAGAUUUGGUCUCCGAGAUAAAGAGGGUUCACGUGAUAGGUUCGCAGUUGUUAAAGGGAGCCCAGGUUGCUGUUGAUGCCGUGACUAGAUUGUGCAAGGUAUAUGCGGAAGCUGAAGAUAAAAACAUAACUGAUUCGAAAGAGACUGAAAUUGGCGACCAUGUCAUCCACGUAAUCAAUUGUACGGUAGAAAACUUAUGUGAAUUGGGAACAGUUGCUGCUACUGAUGGUGGCAGUCUCGUAAGUCUACUGAAUAUGUCGUGGAAAGGUGUUGUUUCAUUGCUUCACUUAGGCAAGGGUGCGUUAGCAUCAAAGGUGAACGUAAAAGGUGUUAUUACGAACCUAAUUUCACUGGCCACAGAGUCAUUAAGAUGUGCUGCUCAAACAUGGUCGUCUUCGAUGACUGAAAAUGUGUCUGAAGCAGAAGCCAAAAGGAUUUUCCUUCCAGUUAAGUUUUAUCUGAUCACUGCUGUAAGAAUUAUAUCUCACUACCAAACCCAAGCCCUUUUCGUGUACAAAGAGAUAGCACUUUGUGCUGUCAUGAUAGUAGCCUUCCGAAUCUCACUCUUUACGAUGGAACAUUUGAAAUGUGCUAGUGAAGUCUCGGCGGAUGUUCUGGAGCCGACAUGCUUGCACUUGCUCAACUCUCUAUUAAAUUCAGCUCAGGUGAGGCAAGAAAACAAGUACCAGAUUUUGGACUGGUUGUUUAACAGUGAAAGUGACAUCAGUUCUGAGUGCAUUAACAGUAGCCACAGUUCAUUAGAUUCGAUAUUUUCAGUAAGCCCCGAUGCUAUCAAUAAGGACAAGACCCUCUCCCUUGGUAGAGUUGUCUUAUUUAUUAGUCUUCUGGCAUCUGCUCCCGAUCUAGAUGCUGAUGUCAGACUUGGUAUUGCUAGAAAGCUUGGAUGGCUUUUGGACAUACUCGUGGACGAAGAUGUAUAUUGUUCUAUUCUUGUUUUGCAGAAUCCUACACUACCUGGUUCUAGCGAAAACCAGAAAUUAACUUACCAACCGAUGUUUGAAAACCAGAAAUUAACUUACCAACCCAUGUUUUCUGCUGUACUUCAUGCACUGAAGACGUUCGUUAUUGUGGUCGCUUCGAGUCUUGCAUGGAAUGAAGUAGAAUUAUUCUUGAUGGAGAACAUUUUCCACCCUCACUUCCUUUGCUGGGAAAUCGUCACUGAACUAUGGUGUUUUAUUCUAAGACAUGCCGAGCCCGAUAUGGUAAAUGAUAUUGUCGAUAAACUCUGCGCAGUAUUGAUGCUAUCAUCUCAAGAAUCAGUUCUAAUUCCUGAGAGUGCUCUUCGUAAAACUGCAAGAAUUAUCUGUAUUCUUGUAACACAUGGGCCGGAAUUCACGGUUGAUCGAGUUUACACUUCUAUAUUCGAAAGUAGCAGAUCCCAGAAUGCAUUAAACGUGCAUGUAGCACUACUCAUGGAAGGCUUUCCCCUAAAUUCUCUUUCGGAAAAGAAACGAAGUAUUGCUAAGCAACGAAUCGUAACUCAAUAUUAUCAUUUCCUGGAGAGCUUUGAUGACGUGUCACCUGGAGAAAGCGGUUCUGAUGUUUAUGGUGCUCCCGUCUUUGCUCUCUGUGCCGCAUUGCAGUCUCACCAGGUCAGCCUAUCAGAUACUGACAUGAAGACAUUGAAGUUCCUAGUUACUAUCAUUCACAAGUACAGAACCUCCUCAGACAACACAACCAAAGAUAAUCUCCGAAGGCUUCUCAGCGAAUUGCUAGGCAUCAUUUCCAACAUGAAGCACUUGUACUCAUUCGAUGAAAUGGAAGAAGUUAUUUUGGAGCUUCAACACCUUUUUAUCUCGAAACCAGCACCAUCAGACAAUCAACUGUUUCUGUGCAAACCCAACCUAGCUAAUUUCAUGGCUGGUCUAGGUCACGUGGAAUUGUCUGACAGUGACGACAGCCCCAGAAGUAUAGCUGCAUGGGAGUUGUACCACAUGCUACUAAAGGAGCGCCAUUGGGCUUUCACUCACCUAGCUGUCACCGCCUUUGGAUACUUCGCUGCCCGUACUUCGUGUAAUCAGCUGUGGAGAUUCGUACCGCAAGAUGCUGCACUCUCGUACGAUUUGGACUUAGCAGAUUCACCGCAUGAAGAUCGAUUUAUGUCGGAGCUGAAAUUGGUUUUGGAGAAAGAAACUGCAUGCCCGACUAUACAAGCUAGCCCCAUGUUCGUUAAAGAAGGUUUAGUGUUGAAAGAUAUUGUUAGAAGCUAUUUGAAAAAACGUGAUUUGGGGGAUAAAUUAUUCGAUGUGAUGGAUAUUGACGAGGAUGAAAAACCGAAUAAUAGUAAGAAGAGGAAAUUUCCGGAUGGAAUUUGCAGAGGAGUGGAGUUGCUGCAGAGUGGUUUGAAAAUUAUGGGUGAUGGUCUUUCUCAGUGGCAUCAGAAUCGAGACGAGUCGAUGGAAGUUCAUGAAAAGUUUUUGAACCAUUUUUCUCGGCUCGAAGAUGUAAUUGCUCACUUGGUUAGCUUAGCAGACAGUAGGUAAUCGAGUUGCUGCUCAGAGUCUGUAUAUAUUGGAGGAGUUUUAGGCAGGUACCCUUCACUUUCUUGCUUUUUAAUUUUUCAAUGUUAAUCGUUAUUCGAAUUCCUAAAUUCAUGUUGAUUUUUGGUGUCA